CAUCGAGUGUGGAACAAUAGUUUCGAAUCGAUUCUCGCGCAUCUUCUAAAGACCACACCAGCAGCAACAACAACAACAACACUAACAGCAGCCGUAGUAGCCCCUGGAUCGGCUAUAGGUUAAAUCGGUGAGAUACACUGCGCGGUGGCGAACUGUGUGUGUGGGAUGCUCUCUGCGAUUCAAGAGCAUCGAGUCCUAUUCAGAGCCGUUUUGGGGGGAGAUCAACGCGAUUAGUGUGUCGGGCUAGUAGCCGAACCAGUCGGCGGUGAGUGAAUGAUCUAGUCGGUUGGUGGGCUUCUGAUGGUCGUUUCGCGUUCCAAUCGGUGAAAAGUCGGGCAUAGUUACAAGUGUGCACGUGCAUUAGGCAGAGUAGGUGUCGACUAUAACGGCAAAAAGCCGUGUCAUCCUUGGCCCUACACAUAAAUCCGCCAGCCGCAGGGAUCGAGUGUUGUGCUAUGACAGUCGUACAGAAAACAGCUAUUUACAUAAACAACCGUUUUAUCGCCAGCGAGUGAGUUGCCGCAGCAGCAGUGAUAAUGAUUUCACACGCCUAGUCGGCCCUCUGGUUGCGAGACGGUGUCGAAACCCCUGGUACGGUGUUGGUUUGACUGCAUUUCUUCGGCGAUAGUUCGAUACACAAUCCGGUCAGAAAUUGUGCAUUUCGUGUGAAACAGAUUACAUCAAACCUGUGAUCGAAUGCACUUCGCCAUCGGCUACGCCACGCCACGACAAGUUGCCCGAGUAGGCCAGGUUAAGGAGGUGAAGGAUUUCCGAGUGUUGGUUGUGCACAAAAGAUGAUGUUAAGAGUUGAGUGAAAAAAAAAAGAAAAAAUCGAAAUCCAAGGAAGGUGAUUGUGAUUCGAGCAGGCAGCCAAAGUGAAAAGGAAUUGAAUAUUUACUACAAUAUUUGUUAGAGAUCUGCUGCGCGGGCCGUGUAACGUUUGUGUUUCCUCUACCUUCCGCGAAGUCCACCCUGUGAAGAUGCUUCAGCAGAGCAGCUCUUGUUGUGAUUAUUUUUAAUUCAUUAGUUUGCUUUUUCAUUACCCAUCAACGGGCAAUGUUUUAUUGUACGUUGGCAGCCAUCGGUGAUGAUUCGCUAAUAGUCGCACGCUUCGGAAAUUAUACUCUAGUGGAUUAGUGGUGUGUUUAGUAGUGGUGGCCAGUCAUUGUCCAGUGUGCAUUAGAUAAGAGAUUCAGUGGUGCCGGUUCGCCGCUAAAGUAAAUAGCUGGAAGAAGAAGCGUAAUAUUGCAGCCAAAUAGAAAGUGUUUUUUAUUGUGUGGUUUCCAGCAAUCUGUCAGGCUGCUGUUCAGCUUGAAAGGAUUUCGAUUUUUUUUUCGUGCAGUUCCCGAAAGGUGUCAGCAGGUGGUUUCUCGCCAACAAAGGCCGGUGUGUUUAACUCUAACGUGUUGCAAAGCAAACCACAUUCGCGUACAAUCCAGCUACGACUCGAUCCCCCGGCGAAACGCGGUGGCGGUAUCAAUGGUGAGGUAGCAAUCACUGCGCUAGGUUUCUCUGUCCGGUAGAACCUUACCGAAUCAACGAGGUGUGUUUACUUGACCACGCACUUGGUUUCUACCCCAUCAGUCGGGGGUAGAUAUCGGAGUCGCGCUAGUAGCUACGCUGCUCCUUUGCGGCACAAUUCAAGGUCCACGGUGUGAUCUGCCGGUAGGCAAGCAAGCAAGCAGGCUUUGGAGGAAAAUAUCCUCUGGUGGUCGAAAAACGGUAGGACGGAGCUAUGUUAAAUUGUACCGAUCUUGCCUGUGUGCUGCACCAUCAUCACUUCUACGCGCAUCUACAUCAUCUGAAGCAUCAUCUGCAGGAUGACCACGACCACCAUGGGCACGGUCACCACGAGAGUCACGACCAUCAUGAUUCAGCUGAUGGAGAGGGGAGUGACGUAGAUAACAACAACAUACAGGAUUUACUAAACGAUACCGAUUCAGAACUUUCCUCCCUAUCGCAUGUUGAUGCUCCCAACGAUGUCCUGUAUAUGGUUUGCGGAGUCGUCAUUGCCAUGCUCCUCGUGGGCCUCAUCAUAGUUUUAGUAGCAGUCACAAUCAGCAAAUUGAGAAAGCGCGAAGAAUCCAGCGUUAGUCCAGUGACGGCGACCAACGUGGAGGCUCCACCGUCGCAUCAUCACCACAACAACAGUAGCAGUUAUAACAACAACAAUAACAACAGCAACAACCAUCAUCACAAUCACUAUAGCAGUAGUAACCACAACAGCCAGCAGCAUCAGCUAGAGAACGGAUACUCGGUGCCGACUCCGGUGGCCUUCCGACAGAGCCCAUCCACUGUGUGGGUGUUUCCACCGUUGCCACCGCAGCCUAAUCUCUACAACUACAACGUCAAUAGUCAAGACGCGUUAGUAAACAACGAGAAGACCGGCUUCAAGGGACUGAAGCGACAGCUGUCCGGCCGGUUCAAGCGGUUGGUGUCGCGAAAAUCGCAUGAACCUGCACCGGCGAUACCACCCGAACUGAAGCCCCAGCUGAAGACCAUCUACGUUUAUUAAUAAUAAUAAUAUUAAUUCUAAUGAUAGUGACGAUAAUAACUAUAUAGUAACUGUGUUAGGAAACAAUCGAAAAUGCUAUUGAUUAGUGUUCAGUCGAUUUGUGUUUGUUUUGUUGCCUGACCGAGCAGAUUCCGCUGCGAAUUUGCAGCCCGUUAGGAGAAAACGUUUAUUUUUCUAGUGUCCUGAUCUUUUUUUACGUGCGAACGAACUCUUUGUGUUAUGACCAAAAGUGGACGUGAAAGAAUUAAAAUUGAUAUUAAAGUUUUUAGAAUUUCAGCUUUUGUAAUUUCCAAAAAUCAUUUGCCAAGAUAAACAGGAUUUCCGAAAAUUAGUAAUAUUAAAACAGAUUGAUAUUUAUCGCCAUUCCAGUUCGUGAUAUGACGUGUAUUCAAAUGGUGUACUAGUUGAAUCCCUAUUUUUUUUUUAAAUUAGCGCUUACCGAGCACAUACAACGUAGUAGAAAUCGAGUCGAAGAAGAGAAAGUAAUUAUUAUUAUUAGUAAACCUAGAAGAAGACUGACACACACAUCAACCUUUCUUAAGGCAAGCUGUAGGAAGCAAGGAUGAAAGUUCAUGUACACCUUAAACGGGGUAGCUGAGAGGACUGGAGACGUUUCUUCUUUCUGUAAUUGUGCACAACAUCUCUCUGGCGGUUCCCGCCCCCAGAAGGCAGAAAAUGAGCUUAACAUAUUCUGUCGCCCAGUGCUGCUUGUUUUCUGUUCAGUUUCAAGUAUUUCCUGUAUAUUUCUAGAAUUCAUAACGAAACAGUUUUAUCUUUAUACUUAUUCUAAAAUUAAAUGAAAACUCAAAAGAAUAAAACAAAGUGAGAAAAAAAAAUAAAAAGCAAUACAAAAAACAAUUACAAAAAGAAAACUAGAAUAGUCAACAGCAGUCGCCCGUGCUGGAAGAGCUUAACACUCGUGUUAGAAGUAGAAAGAAAGAGGAGAUAUCUAUUCUCCCCCCUUAUGUGCUAGGCAGCUUAACAUUGAUUCCUUGAACAAACUGCAUUACGCUAUAGAAUAAAAAAAAGUGCGUCAAAAUAAUCCAGUGGUGCCAGCUGGUUCAGCCGAAGCUAAUACAAGAAACGCACAACGUUCAUGAACUCAGACAGCAAACUAAUCACCUACAGAAGUCACGGACAGACUUAAACAUUUUGCGGACAAGUAGAACAAAUCAGCCUUAUCAUAAAAGCAGAAUGAGUAUGAGACAGAAGAAGUAGUAGAAAAAGAAGCACAGCCAGAAGUAAAUCGACAGGUAGAAAGAGAGAGACGAAUAGGCAGUAGGAGGGAAGUUCACUCACAUUGAGUGCCGAAUGCACAAAUACACACCAGGCAGGCAUGUGCGUAAGGAUAGUUGUAGUGACAGCUGCAGAGGUACCGAUAGCCUACCGCCAAACGGAUGAGUGUAUUUGUGUGACCGAUUAAAUUGUAUGAAACUUGUAAUUUAAAUAAAAACGAUAAUUUAAAAACGAAA